AUGUCCGGCCUGCUCUGGGAAGAAAAUGUUGAUCUCCAGGCGUACAACACCUUCAACAUCAAAUCAACUGCCCAGUAUCUGGUACGGAUCAGAAGCCCUAGCGAGCUGGCUGAGCUGGUGGCUUUGCCACAAUUUCAAAGCAAUCGCCAAUUGAUACUUGGCGGUGGAAGUAACAUCCUAUUCGGGAAUGACCGAUUCAAUGGAGUAAUUGUCAAGAACGAAAUCCAGGGUAUUGAGGUAGUGUCUGAAGAUCACAGACACACAUGCCUACGUGUUGGUGGAGGAGUGGGAUGGACAUCGCUGGUCAACUAUUGCAUCGAUCAGGACCUUGGUGGUCUGGAGAACCUUUCUAUGAUACCAGGUACAGUUGGAGCAGCGCCAAUACAGAAUAUCGGUGCAUACGGGGUGGAGCUAGGUGACGUGCUGUUAAGUGUGGAGGUAUGUGACCUUGGCACCGGUGACAUGAAGACAAUGACAAAAGAAGAUUGCGCCCUGGGAUACCGAGAUAGCAUCUUCAAGCAUACUUCAAUGGUGCUCAUGGUCUGUUUUAUCACGAUCAAGGUAACCAAGGCCCAGUUUCACCGUGUAACGAUCAAUUAUGCUUCAAUGCAGCAUGCUUUACAAGAGAAAGGCAUCACAGCACCCACGAUACGAUCAGUCAGUGAAAUAGUCUGUUUGAUGCGUAGAAGGAAGCUACCUGAUCCCACAGUCCUAGGAAAUGCUGGGAGCUUUUUCAAAAAUGUCAUUUGCGAUCAAUCUGUCCUAAAUACCCUGCAACAGAUGCAUGCGGACAUUCCAUGGAUCUCAAAGUUAGAUGGACGAUGUAUCAUACCAACAGCAUGGUUGAUUGAGAAAUAUGGUUGGAAAGGAAGACAAAUCGGACGGGCUGGGGUUUAUUUCGGCCAUGCUCUUGUGCUUGUGAAUCUCGGCGGCGCACAAGGAAGCGAAAUCCUGUCUCUUUCAGAGGCAAUAUCACAAGACAUACGGAUUAACAUGGGGCUGCUAUUGAAACCAGAAGUAAAUAUUGUCAAAUAA